AUGGAUGUACCAGAGGGUAAUGGAAACCCUUUGGGUAAUGGACUCGGUCGAGCUAGGCAAACUCGACCGAUUGGUCUAGGAGAUGCUCCAAACCGCCAUCAACAAAGACAAGGGAUUGUCCCACCACCUGUGCAGAACCACAACUUUGAGAUCAAGCUGGGUAUGAUCAACCUUGUCCAGAACAAGAUGUUCCAUGGAUUGCCAAGUGAAGACCCCAUUGAUCACCUUGAUGAGUUUGAUAGGUUAUGUGAUUUGACAAAGAUCAAUGGUGUCUCUGAAGAUGCCAUCAAGCUGAGACUCUUCCCUAUGUCUCUUGCUGACAAGGCUCACCAAUGGGAGAAGAGCCUGCCCCAUGGCACAAUCACCACUUGGGAUGAAUGCAAGAAGGCUUUCUUGCUAAGUUUUUCUCCACCGGUCGCACAGCCAAGUUAA